UCUAUCAGCGUGCUUUUGAGGGGACGGGUGGUUGGAGUAAGGAGGUGCCGGGCUACAGUGCACCAACAACGCGUUUUUUUUUGGAAGGAAGCCUAGCUGCACAACUGCAUCACCACAAACAAAGGAAGGAAUCCCCGGUGACGACUCGCGGAAAAAAGGAGAUAUACAACAACGACUGCGCCCAGGCGCGUACUGAAAACACACGCAGUAAGAUAUAGCCCCUGUUUGAUAGCUAGCGCCCCAUUCAAAGACACCGAGGCACCGAGGUGUUAAUAGCCUAGCCUAGCUAAUUGCCCAUUCGCUAGCAUUCUCUGCCUGUAGUCUGAGCAUCAUUAGCUUCGUGGGCUCCGUUGACGCACGUCAGGGCUCGUCGGCCGGUGCGGUGUCAUCCUGCUCAGUGAGCCCCACAUUUUUACACACGGAACCGGCCGCUGGAGAUAGCGUCUGCGGUGCCAUCAGUCAACACCACCAUCACCACCACCUAUCUCCCCCGACCCCUUCACCUCAGCCCCUCUCCCUCCACCCUCCGACACACUGGAGAUCCACAAGCGGCCGGGGAGCGGCGGCGGCGACGGGCCGGCCAGGCUGGGGGUUGUACCGGCUGAACCGCCGGGAGGCGGAGCGUCUCCGGACAAGUUGCCCGGCCGUGGUGAGCUACCGACGGCGAGCAUGGACGGGCUGGCGGUGGAGGUGCGGGGCUCGAACGGGGCCUUCUACAAGGGUUACAUCAAAGAUGUCCACGAAGACUCCCUAACAAUAGUAUUUGAAAACAACUGGCAACCAGAGAGGCAGCUGCCCUUCAGCGACGUGCGGCUCCCCCCUCCGGCCGACUUCAACAAGGACAUCGGCGAGGGAGAGGAGGUGGAGGUGUACUCCAGGGCCAACGAGCAGGAGCCAUGCGGCUGGUGGCUGGCCCGGGUGCGGAUGAUGAAGGGAGAGGUCGAUACUUCUGAUCGCCUACCAGUUGAUGGUCAGCCAUUAGAGAAGACAAAGUUCUACGUGAUCGAGUACGCCGCGUGCGACGCCACCUACAACGAGAUCGUCACAGCGGAGCGCAUCCGGCCGCUCAACCCCAACAGCCCCUCCACCCGAUCCUCCUUCCACAAGGUCCCCAUCGCCAUCCCCGAAGACCUGCGGGACAUCUGUGCUAACGACAACAUCCACAAAGACUUCAGGAAAGCCAUUGGAGCCAACUGCAUCUUCUACAGCGCCCAGACACAUGAACUCAUCGUGUUGUCGACGAACGAAACCACAGUGAAGCGCGCCGCGCUCCUCAGUGAAAUGCACUUCCGCAGCAUCCGCACCAAGCUAAUGCUAAUGUCCCGCAACGAGGAGGCUACCAAACACCUUGAGACGAGUAAGCAGCUGGCCUCGGCCUACCAAGAGGAGGUGCGCGUGCGCGAGGACCUGAUGGGGCUCGCCAUCGGCACGCACGGCGCCAACAUCCAGCAGGCCAGGAAGGUGGCGGGCGUCACCGCCAUCGAGCUGGAGGAGGAGAGCUGCACCUUCCGCAUCUACGGAGAGACCCCUGAGGCGGUCAAACAGGCUCGAGUGUACCUGGAGUUCAAGGAAGACUACUUCCACGUGCCCAGGAACCUCGUAGGCAAAGUCAUCGGCAAGAGCGGCAAAGUGAUCCAGGAGAUCGUGGACAAGUCGGGCGUGGUCCGCGUCCGCAUCGAGGGCGACAACGACAAGAAGCUUCCCCGUGAGGAGGCAGGCAGGCAGGGGUCCAGCAAAGACCACCAGGCCGGCAACAAUGAGGGCAUGGUCCCGUUCGUCUUUGUGGGGACCAAAGAGAACAUCAGCAACGCCCAGGCCCUGCUGGAGUACCACGUGGCGUACCUACAGGAAGUGGAGCAGCUGCGUCUGGAGCGUCUCCAGAUCGACGAGCAGCUCCGGCAGAUCGGCGUGGGCUAUCGCGCCCCCUCGGGCCGCACCGGUGGCACCGGGGGCCCCGGCGGUCCGGGGGCCGGCGGCCCUGGGGGUGAGCGGGAGAAGGGGUACCUGACGGACGAGAGCAGCAACUCCCUGCACAACUCGCGCGUGUACGGCGGGCGGGGCCGCGGACGGCGCCCCUCCAACAGUCAGUACUCUGGUGGCUAUGGCACCAACUCCGAGCUGUCCAACGCGUCCGAGUCCGAGGAGGUGGCGGAGCGCGAGCAGCGGCCCCGCGGCGUGGGCGGCGAGGACCGGGGCGCCCGGCGUGGAGGGAGGGGCCGGGGGGCCAACGCAGGCCGGGGCCGCGGAGGACCCAGCGCCAGACCCACCAACUCCAUCAGCUCAGUGCUGAAGGACCCGGACAGCAACCCCUACUCCCUGCUGGAGGGCGAGGGCGAGCAGGCCGAAGCAGCCGAUGGCGCCGGGGCCGGAGACCGCCGCCGCCGCGACCGCCGUCGCCGUAACGACCAGGAGCCCAGCGUGAUGGAUGCGGCCACCGAGGAGUCGGACGGCCAGGCCGCCACCAGCGAUAACGGACUUGACGAGGAGGGGAGACCCCAGCGUCGCAACAGAAGCCGCCGCCGUCGUAACCGUGGCAACCGCCCCGAAGGUGGCUCGGCCAGCCGUGACAGACAGCAAGUGACUGUGGCAGACUACAUCUCCCGCCCCGAGUCCCAAAGCAGGCAGAACGUUCCCCAGAAGGAGAACCAGACUGCCCCUGAACCCAAGGAGAACGGAACAAGCACCAAGAAAGACGAGCGUGCCCCCUCCAAGGGCUCCCCUAGCAACGGCGUGGCAACCGCCAGCGAGACCAAGGCCUUGGUCAACGGGGUCUCGUAAAGAAAACGGCACCAACAACAAAAAAAUAAUAACCACAAACCACGUGUAUUUAAAAAAAGAAAAAAAUAGAGCGGCCCUGCCCUUCUGGAAGAAUCCACGUCUAGAGCAAGACCUCAUGGCAAUCUGUGUCCCUGCUUGCAUUAACUUUAACCUUGAACCGAAGAGCGAGAGAGUGAGAGAAAAACAAGUACCUGACGAAAAAUAUCUGAAUUCAUACGUGUGCGAGAAAAACGUAACGUAAAAAAACGACAAACGCAUCUACUUAAAAAACACGUUAAAGGUGUAUGCUAUCCUAUCUAUCAGUACUUAGUGCUUAUUUUUAAGAAAAAAACACAUGACUAGCUUACCAAAAAAAAAACAGAGCUGGUGGAAAUGACUUGAUUUUUAAAGAAAUACGGAAACACAAGAAACAGGACGAGACUCUCUAUGUUGUUUGUUUUUUAGUUUUUUAAACUAAUGUCCUCUUUUUUUGUUGUGUCAAUUAUUUACGUUGUCGUUGUUGUUUAUCACUGGUUUUGACUAAGGAGGGGGUUGGACGGUGAAAAAUCGAACGUAUUUUCCCGCCAAAACCGACGCGUCUAUCGAAGCGCGUUUAACGUCAAGAAACGAAGAGCGAGCUAGAACGAGAGAGAGAGAGAGAGAGGGGGGGAGCGAGAGGGGCGGCGAGGUCGGCCAUAGACGCACAAGGGCGGACUCACGGUCCC